AUGCCUCUAGAAAAUAACAUCACUAUUACAAAGAUCAGUCCAGAACCAUGGGAGUUCCCUGAUGUGAAUGGUUUCAGCACAGCUCAGAUAUCACCAGAGCGAGUGACAAAGGCACUUUUUUCAGAGUCUGUCGAGGCAAAGAUAUGGCGUGUGGCUGCUCGCGCAUUGAGAAGCUCCAACCCGCCCGUGCUCUAUCCGGAAUAUACCGACGAAAGAGGCAAUUAUGUCUACCGAACCCUUGAUUUCUGGACAUCGGGCUUCUUUCCCGGUUCCAUGUACCUUCUACUCGAGCGGUCGAUUCGGUAUAAUCGAAAGAUGUCUCUACGUAAACCCGUCGACGAGAUAAGACCUCACGCACUCCAACUCGAGCACCUAUGUCGGUGGUGGACUGCCAAUCUUCAUCAAAACGCACUUAAGCGUGAUACACACGAUGUCGGGUUUAUGAUUGCACCAUGGGCUAUGAAAGCCUGGGAGCUGAAACGGGACCCAGCUGCGUUCAGCACUUUGGUCAUGGCCGCGCACUCCCUUGCGAGUCGGUUCAACACAGUUACGCAGUGUUUGCGCAGCUGGGACACCUGCAUUACCAAUCGAUACCAAUUCACAGAUUCAUCCUUGGACUUUUUGGUGAUUAUCGAUAACAUGCUCAACCUUGAUCUCCUUUUCUGGGCUGCAAAGGAGACUUCGAAUUCCGCAUUAUAUGACAUUGCGCUGGCACAUGCGCGCACGACACAAAAACACCAUAUUCGGAAAGACAACAGUACAUUCCAUGUCGUGAACGUUGAUACGGAGACCGGCGAUGUCAAAGCUCGAUUCACGAACCAAGGCUAUAGUGAUGACAGUUGCUGGGCUCGAGGACAGGCAUGGGGGAUUUUGGGGUUCAUGCAGACCUUCCAUUGGACUCGGGAUUUGUCCUUCCUGAGCAUAGCCAAAGACCUGGCAGACUACUUUAUUGCGCAUUUGCCAGCAGAUGGAGUGCCGUACUGGGAUUUCAAUGCACCAGUGACAGAAUCGUGUCCCCGUGAUACGUCUGCAGCUAUGAUCGCUGCUUGUGGCAUGCUUCUCAUUUACAAAGAGCUUAGUGAUACCCAAGAGGCAAAGCACUACCUCCAUCAGUCGAUAAAGCUCGUCAACAGUGUGGUUGGUAUGUUCCUGGGUCAUGAAACUCUUCAGUUUGAGACUAGACGUCUUGUAUCACAAGUUCCAGUUUACCCAGAUGGCUGUAUCCAUGAGCAAACUGGGGACGGCUUCGAUAUUCUACAAGUUGUGCAUGAUAUUGGAACUACGCCCAAGGCAUGUGAAACUAUUCUGGGUGGAGCCACCAUUAAUAACUAUGAGUUCGCACCGAGAAGGUGGUCAAACCAUGGGCUGGUAUAUGCGGACUAUUACUUUUUGCUCUUUGGCAACAUGAUACUUGAAAUGGGUCUUGAGUCUUCUAUCGUGUGA